UAUGGCCGACUACGUGUGUAAAUUUUAGAUACAGUGAAGAAGUUGGCUUUUUUAAUACAGUAGAUAAAAGAAAUCAGCGUAUUAAAUAUAGAGCAAAACAGCAUAGGAGUGAUUAUAACGACGAAGCAGUAUUAUGCGUUGUUACUACGAAGUGUUGGGUGUCGAAAGAGACGCUACCGACACUGAAUUAAAGAAAGCUUAUCGUGUUUUGGCUUUAAAAUGGCACCCAGAUAAAAACACAGACCGCCCAGAAGAAGCUAAGGAUAUGUUUCAAGAAAUACAGCAAGCGUAUGAUGUUUUAUCUGACCGUCAAGAACGAUCUUGGUACGAUAAACAUCGAGAACAGAUAAUAAAUGGUGGUGAUGAUUAUAUCGAUGAUAGCUUGAAUUUAAUGCAUUAUUUUCAACCCUCAGCUUAUCGUGGUUUUGAUGAUGAUGAGAAAGGUUUCUAUUCUGUUUACUCGUUUGUAUUUAAGACGAUUGUUGAAGAAGAUUCGAAAUUUGUUGAUCAAUCAAUCGUUGACGAUAUUCCCGUGUUUGGCUCGUCAACUAGUCCGUUUGAGGAAGUUAAAUUAUUUUAUGAUUACUGGCAAAGUUAUUGCACUUUUAAAACGUUUGUCUGGCAUGAGAAGUAUGAUAUAAGACAAGCUCCAAACCGGCGAUAUUUAAGAGCAAUGGAGAAAGAAAAUAAGAAGUUGCGCGAUGCUGCCAAGAAAGAAAGAAACGAAGAAAUCAGAGAAUUGGUUCAUCAUGUUAGGAAGAGAGAUAGACGUGUCAAGGCUUACAGAGCGAAGAAAGAGGAAGAAGAAAAGCAAAAGUUAUUAUUGAUAAAAGAAAAACGAGCCACAGAGAAAAAAGAAAGACUAGAGAAACUCAAAGAUUACAAGGAACAGGAGUGGAACUCGAUGUGUCAUUUGGAGAAGAAUUUGACUGAGAUCGACUCGCAUAUUAAUGAGGAGUUUGGGGAUGACAACUCAAGCAGCCAAUCAGAAUGCGAGGAUGAGGAGAGCUUCUAUUGUACAGCAUGCGAGAAAUUAUUCAAGUCAGACAAAGCCUUGAAAAACCACGAAAAGUCGAAGAAACAUCGUGAAAGAGUUAGUUUGAUUAAAGAACAUAUGGAUAAGAAUUUAGGCGGAGAAACUGGGCUAGUAGACGUACAACAUGACGGAAGUGAAUGUAAAUUGACUAUUAGCCUGAAUGUUGAAGGUAUUACAGAAAAUACGGAUGAAACUUGUGCGAUUGAUGUAGAUGCUUUACAUCUAAGAGACUCUCUCGAUCUUCCAGCCUAUAUUAGUGGACGUAGUCGGUCAAAUUCACGUCGUAUUGUAAGAUCGCCCGGUGAAGGUCAUGAAGAACAGUCUGGUAAGUCGUUUGCAGAUGAGGUUGCGAGUGCACUAGCGCAUAAAGGAAAGGGUAAGAAAAGGUUCCAAAAAAGACGAAGUCUGGAAAAACGAAGUAGUGAAGAGGAUGUUGAUGGUCUUGGAGAGUAUGGUCUUGAUGAAUGUGAAAGGAAAAUGGUUGAACUUAUUUUACAACACGACACAGAGGAAGUUGACGUUGAAAACCGCAUGCUUAAUAUCACUGAUAGUAUUGCAGGCAAAAACAUAAACAUUGAAUUUGAAGUUAAAGAGAAUGAAACAAAACGGAAAAAUCGUCGUAGAUCUAAGAAAGACAAAAACGGUGAUGCGGAAAAUGAAGGUGUGGAGUUAAGGUGUAACGUUUGUGAUCAGACGUAUUCAACACGCAAUCAACUGUUCAAGCAUAUUAAUGAAAGUGGGCAUGCUCUCAAGAUUACAGAUGACAACAAUCCAAGUUUUAAUGGAAGAAAGAAAAAUGUUUCUUCAACAUGAGUUAAAAUACAUUUGAUGAGAAGGCAAAAGAAGCUUGAGGAUAUAAACAAUUGUCGCUUCGGGUGCGUUGGAAAAAUUGUCAUUGUUUCUUUCUGAAGUAUCACAUUGAAUUAUUAAUAUAUAUUGCCGUCGAUACAAUCGGCUUGCAUUCUGGCCGGAAAUAUUUGACGUAAAUACUCGAGACAGUACUUGUAAGUCGAGCAUAACAUUCGGUUAUAUCAAUAAUGAUAUUUCGUCGCUAAGUCACAGCUAUUUAGGACUUCUCUUAGUUAUUAUUAAUAAAUUUCAGUUUGCUAUGUUAUUUAUUAUUAUAAUCUUAUGAGCUGGCAAUCCGAUAUAGUUUCAGUUAAUUAAGUUACCCGCGGAGUCACGCUACGUGAUUAUACAAGAACGAGUUUGGAUGAGUAUGUUCCUGUGAUCAAAGAACUUUUAUUUUCAUACCAAAAUUAAAGUUUACUUAUUUGUUUUGAUGCUGAUCAUCUUAAAUUGAACGUAGUUAGAAGUAUGACUUUUUUGCGUCGUAACUGAGAUAGCAUGACAUGAAAGACGCGUACUCAGAUUGCAUUUUUUAAAUGUCUUCACUGUCGGAGAAAUGGUUUUUGUACUCAAUAAUAUGCUGUAAAUAUUUUUGUUGAUAUAUACUAUUUAUGCAAAUAUUGACAAUCACUGCAUUUUUUUACUCUUAAAAGCUGCCCAAGAAAGAUGAUUUUCUCGUCGUUAUUUGUCAACAAUCCUAUUUUAGCUGUGAUGACUUUUAAAGUUAUGAAAUUAGUUGAAAAGCAAUUUAAAACAAUGUUUACUGGUACUUUCUUUACGGACAAAGAUUAUUAAAGUUCCGCGAUCGCUUAUAUUUCAUUACGAGCCAGCUGCUAUGAUGAUAUAUGUCGCGUUUAUAAUUUGUAUAACUGAUACUCAAUUGAUAUUCAUGAAAUUUCACUCCAACUGUCAGAGGAAAAAUAUUUUUAACUAGCAGACGAAAUAUCCUGAUAGUAAUUGAGGUCGUAGUAAUCAACAGUUACUCCCAUGCAAAACAGACAUGGUAUAAAGAUAGCUCAAACUGAAAACAUCCUAAUCGAGCAGUACUUGAUAUUCUGUCUUCAAAAUGAAGUGGUUUCUAUAGAAAGCGGUUGAUUUGAGUGUGAUUGGGAUAAACUAUUAUUCAACAAAACCGCACCCCAGGAGAUCGUAUUUAUCUGUGAAUUUGACAUAUAUAUGGUGAUUGUUCUUAUUUACGGCUGCAUACGAAUUUCUACCAAAGUCUGGCAAGAGAUUAAGAAUCAUGAGUGUUAUUUUCCUCAAACUUUCAACAGUGAACGUUUGUUAUAUAAAAGAAGUGAAUGUUUAAAUUUCAAUAAUUCCAAGCGCAUGGUGUGUAGUAAUAAAGUGAGCCGCUUUUGUUGAGCAAAUGAGACAGUCGCACAGCACAAUGAACACAUUUUCAAUCAACUUUAUCGACGAAAUUAAUAGGAGGAAUGCAAAUGUUUUUUUAACGAACAAAUUUGGACGAAGGGGGAUAAAAACCGUUUGCUGAAAUUAUGUACAACAUUACUUAAUCAAUGGUGUGAGUUUAUUAAUUCCACGAUACCGGAAUAAAGCAACAUCUUGGUACGAAAAAUAUAGAUACUUAGUAUCAGGUAGUAUCAUAUCACUGUAUCAAUGAGCGGUGGUAUGUCCACUAGUUGUAGGUAAAGACGUAAGAAAAG